AUGACUGUCACCACACUUCCAGCGUUCAAUGAUCUGGUUGCGCAUGCGCUCAUUUCUCAGAGCAGCAUCCAACCAGAGCAGCUGAUUGUGCUUGAUAACUCGUCCAAAUACCAGCCCCAUGGAUUCAAACAGAACACCAACCAGGAGCAGAAUCUGGCUGCCAUAUUCAACACCAUGGCCACCCUUAACCGCCUGGCACUGGAAGAUCCGCGCACCUGCGCUGGAAAGCUAGGGCCAUCCUUCCGCGAUGCUCUGCUUCAGGCUGCGGAUGAAAUUGCCAUGCUCGCCGACAACCGCCCAAUCCGCUAUGUUGAGCUGGGCCCCGAGCCUUGGAAAUCACGGGCCAUCCUCGAGCGACUCCUAGCUGCGGGCGUCAGGCUUCGCCAGUACGUGGGCAUCGAUAUCAAUCCCGAAUCCGAGCAGACCAUGCGUAAGGCUUUGGUACCUGUAAUCGGAGAAGAAAAAUUCAGCUACUGGGUCGAGGAUUUUUACAAAUGCUCCGUAGCCGGUUUCCCAAAGCCUAAAGACGAAACUGCCUCUUCUGAGAACCUAGUCACCGUUGUGACCAACCUUGGUUUCCAGGAGGGUAAUGACCUGCCUGCUCGAAUUGGACCGAUGUUGAAGAGCAUCACCCGGCCGGGCGACAUUCUGCUUUCAGAAAUGCAGGUUUUUGGCGGCGGUGCUGAUCCGGGCCUCAUCGAACAAUUCUAUCAGCAUCCGGAAAUGAAUCGUUUCUCAGGCCUGGUUGGCGAAUGCUUUGAGUCAGGAUCGGAUGGUGCUGCCGCAGCCUCGGGAUCUGCAGCAUCUGCAGCCAGAAAGCAUGAUUUUUACCUGUUGCCCCUGCAGACCGAGAUUGGAAGCGUGAAUGUAGCCACCACGCUUGCUCCGGUCCGCGUCAAUGGGCACAAGAAUUGCCUUAAAUACACCCGGGAGCAGUUCCAGAAGGCCAGAGAAUACUCGGGCGAUUUUGUGGUGAAAUUGUGGCAGGAGACCGGGGACAAGUCUGUGGUUUUCCAGGUGUCUGAACGACGUUAG